AAUGCAGAGGAUAAACGGAAACAAUUCUUUUACCCAAUUCCAACGCCAUGAUCAUCACAUUUUCGCAUCGUUUUCUCUCAUCAAGUUUCUCCGAUAUCAAAUUUUCGCGUUUCUAGGGCAAAAUUAUUCGUCCCUCAACUCCAGUUGAUUCGAUCAGAUUGAAGAUACGUUGGAUUGGUUUUCUUGAUCCCUCCUCGGAAGCCACCUGAACUAUGGGGAAGAGGAAGUCAAGAGCAAAGCCUCCUCCUAAGAAGCGGAUGGACAAACUCGACACUGUAUUUAGCUGUCCCUUCUGCAACCAUGGCACAAGUGUUGAAUGUCGCAUUGAUAUGAAGAACUUGAUUGGUGAGGCAUCUUGCAGGAUUUGUCAGGAGAACUUCAGCACUACCAUUACAGCUUUGACUGAGCCAAUAGACAUAUAUAGCGAAUGGAUUGAUGAAUGUGAGCGUGUUAACGCUCUUGACGAUGACGGGGUCCCUGUUGAAGAUGAUUAAAGAAAUCUGGUUCACUUAAGAGUAUGUAUGAAUAUCUCAUAUAUGGUUUGGUAUUUUCUGAACCUGAGACCUAAUUACUGCAUGCAACUCAAAAAACUUGAAUCUGUUAAAAUGACCUAAACAUGCAUGAUAAAACAACUUUGUAAAUAUAGCCUGUUUCUACCAAAAAGACCUUCUGUUUAUGUGAGA